GGUCAGUCUGAAGCCGUUGCUGAACUGUUCGUCUCUUUUCUCCAGCAGCAAGCAAGCCCGCCUCUGCGCCGAAAAUCAGCUCACUUCCACGGGAUUAUCCGCCCUAUGUGUCCGUGUGUCCAUAACACGUCGCUCACUGGGGACCCCCGGCACCGUCCGGCCGGCUCUGAGGGCCGUUAUAACGCGAUACUCUAGGUUUAAUCGCAGCUCGAAGACAGCGGCGGAGGAGGAGGAGGAGAAUCCAUAUUUGGAGCACAGAGGAGAAGGCGCCCCCCUCCGUGAGUAAUCCGGAGCUUCUGGUUUGGAGUUCACUGCUCUGAGGCCUGACUGAACGUACUGCUACAGCUGUGGUGUGUGCGUGCUGACCUCAUGGUGUAACAGGAUUAAAGAUGAGCAUUAGCAGUGAUGAGGUCAACUUUCUGGUCUACAGAUACCUACAGGAGUCAGGGUUCUCCCACUCGGCCUUUACCUUUGGCAUAGAGAGCCACAUCAGUCAGUCCAACAUCAACGGCGCUCUUGUGCCCCCCGCCGCCCUCAUCAGCAUCAUUCAGAAGGGCCUGCAGUACGUGGAAGCAGAAGUCAGCAUCAAUGAGGACGGCACGCUGUUUGACGGGCGGCCCAUCGAGUCGUUGUCCCUCAUCGACGCAGUGAUGCCGGAUGUCGUUCAGACGAGGCAGCAGGCUUAUCGGGACAAAAUGGCCCAGCAGCAGGCGGCGGCCUCGGCACCAGCAUCAGCAGCAGGAGGCAGCAUCACUGGGAACACCAAGAACGGAGAGAACACUGCCAACGGAGAGGAGAACGGAGCGCACGCCUUAGCGAAUAACCACGCAGACCUGAUGGAAGUGGACGGGGACGUAGAAAUCCCUCAAAACAAGGCCAUGGUCCUGAGGGGCCACGAGUCCGAGGUCUUCAUCUGCGCCUGGAACCCUGUCAGCGACCUGCUGGCAUCGGGGUCCGGAGACUCCACCGCUCGGAUCUGGAACCUGAGUGAGAACAGCACCAGCAGCUCCACACAGCUGGUCCUGAGACACUGCAUACGGGAGGGAGGGCAGGAUGUCCCGAGCAACAAGGACGUCACCUCACUAGACUGGAAUAGUGAGGGCACACUGCUGGCCACCGGCUCCUACGAUGGAUUUGCCAGAAUAUGGACAAAAGACGGUAAUCUGGCCAGCACUCUUGGUCAACACAAAGGACCCAUCUUCGCCCUGAAGUGGAACAAAAAAGGAAACUUUAUCCUGAGUGCAGGAGUAGAUAAGACAACAAUCAUCUGGGACGCGCACACAGGAGAGGCCAAGCAGCAGUUCCCCUUCCACUCAGCUCCGGCGCUCGACGUGGACUGGCAGAGCAACAACACCUUCGCUUCCUGCAGCACCGACAUGUGCAUCCACGUCUGCAAGCUGGGCCAGGACCGGCCCAUCAAGACAUUCCAGGGACACACAAAUGAAGUCAAUGCAAUCAAGUGGGACCCCACGGGGAACCUGUUAGCUUCCUGCUCGGAUGACAUGACGCUGAAGAUCUGGAGCAUGAAGCAGGACUUGUGUGUGCACGACCUGCAGGCGCACAGCAAGGAGAUCUACACCAUCAAGUGGAGCCCCACUGGGCCCGGAACCAGCAACCCUAGUGCCAACCUCAUGCUCGCCAGCGCGUCCUUCGACUCCACGGUCCGGCUCUGGGACGUGGACCGGGGCAUCUGCAUCCACACGCUGACCAAACACCAGGAGCCUGUCUACAGCGUGGCGUUCAGCCCCGACGGGCGCCACCUGGCGAGCGGCUCCUUUGACAAAUGUGUGCACAUCUGGAACACCCAGACGGGGGCGUUGGUCCACAGUUACAGAGGGACAGGGGGCAUCUUUGAGGUUUGCUGGAACGCUGCGGGGGACAAAGUGGGGGCCAGCGCGUCGGACGGAUCUGUGUGUGUGUUAGAUCUUCGGAAAUAGUCCUGCGGUUUGGUGGAAGCCAUGGACCGACCAUGAAUGUGUACAUAGCCAACGACUGUCCCUGCGCUCGCCACUGCGGCCCCGCCCACAGGAAGCAGCAGGCCCAGAAACAGGACGGACAGGUGGGGGCAUGGAUGGUGGCGCCCCCUUUCAAACGCAGACUCUGAGAGAGAUGCGGGUGGGGGUGGUGGGGGCAGCUGGAAAAAAAAAGAAGUACCAAAAUGCGGUUUUGGGCUCAUCGGCGAGAUCGCAGACACGGGGGUCUUUGUGCGGACACUUCCAUUUCCAGGACGGCACUUAGUUUUUUUAAAUUUCAGAUCCCUCUCUAGCCUUUUUAUAUUUUUUAUCUUUAGGGGGGUUGGGUGGGCUGUGGGCGGGGCAGAAAUACACACACAUAAACAACAACUAAGUGGUGUGGCUGGGGGCCUCGCCUUGCUCCGGAGCCCAUCCCCCCCCUUGUGUGGUUCUGGACAGUCUGGGGUUGCUCCUGCGCACGCUCACGUGCACAGACCCUGCAUCGUGUGCAGGGGGAGGAGCAUCUUGAGGUGAGAUAUUGUCUUUAAAACUGAAUUUCUUCCUCCCCUCUGUUGGUGUGCAGCGAUCACUGACUUUGUUCCCGGUAAAUAUUUUUCUAUGAGAAGCCCUAGAUUUUUAAGAGCAUUUUUAAUCUGCGCAGAGGCUGCAGCGCGGUUGAGCAACAGACGGCACAGACGGAAUAUCAAGCCCCACCCCUUCUCAGUAAACCGGAAACCAUUGAGUUGCAUCUUCAUGGCCCCUCCCCCCACGCCCUAGUUAUUCAUCUUCAUCGCACUCGCUGCAUGUUAUGUGCGAUGUCUUUAAAUUUAAUGACAGCUGUCAAAUUAGUUUUUUUUUUUUAAAUGUCUUCAAACGAAUCAGUCCCCACCUGCAGGGUGGGGGUCGGGGUGGGGUUGGGGUCAGGAGCACCACUAAAUCCGUUUCUGCUGACCCCUUCCUUAGCAGUGAAAACAAUUGGUUUCAAUUGAACAAAUAAAGUCUUGCAGAUCUAAUAAUGCAAAUGCUGGGGGGGGCUACUGUGGAGCCAGACCUGACCUUUGUUUUAGUCUGGAACAGGAAGAGGGUUUUCACUGAGCCGGCAGCAGUUCUGUAGAAAACCUGACCUCGGGCUCGGGGUGCUGACUCUGCUCAGAGUUGGACCUCGUUGACAGGAACCAAAGACCCAUCUGCAGGUUCAGGUUUCAGGUUCUCCAGAAUCCUUAUGAACUUCAAAAUCAGCUAAUCAUGCUUUAGCUCAGCCUGGCCUAAAACAGCCCCCCCCCCUCCCCAAACAUGUUCUUAAAUUAUUUCUCCCACAUCUCUGCUGCCGGGCCUCAGACUUCCUGAUUUCCUCCUGGAGUCCCGCCUGGUUUCUGAUCCGAGCAGCUGCCUAAAGAUGCGAGAAAAUGCAGACGCUGAGCCCAUCGUCCGGCCAUCGACGCCAGCCCAUCCUUUUUUGGUUCAGUUCCCCUGCAGCUCAGUUCAACUGUCCUUGUUCAAAUCAGAUCAGUGGAACUGAAGUCCAGAAUAAAGUCUAUUUUGAUAAGAA